CUCUCUCUCUCUCUCUCUCUCUCACUCACACACAGAACCAGGAAGUAACUCCUCAUUUCAGAGAAAAGAAAACAGAUCUCUCUCGUUCUCAGUGUGUGAGUUCAGGAAAAUGGCCGAGGCCAGUAUUUCAGUAGAUCAGGAUCAGUUCAGCUGUCCAGUGUGUCUGGAUCUCCUGAAGGAUCCGGUGGCGAUCCCCUGUGGUCACAGUUACUGUAAGGUGUGUAUUAAUGGCUUCUGGGAUCAGGAGGAUCAGAAGGGUGUCUACAGCUGUCCUCAGUGCAGAGACACUUUCACUCCGAGGCCUGUUCUACGCAGAAACAACAUGCUGGCUGAAGUGGUGGAGAAACUGAAGAAGACUGAAGUCCAAGCUGCUUCUCCUGCUCACUGUUACGCUGGACCUGGAGAUGUGGAGUGUGAUUUCUGCACCGGGAGAAAACACAAAGCCGUCAAGUCCUGUCUGGUGUGUCUGGCUUCUUACUGUGAAACUCAUCUGAAACCUCACUAUCAGUCUCCUGCAUUUAAGAUACACACAUUAAUCGAAGCUUCUGCAAAGCUACAAGAGAAGAUCUGCUCUGAACAUAACAAGCCGAUGGAGAUCUACUGUCGUAGCGAUCAGACCUACAUCUGUUACUUGUGUACGAUGGAUAAUCACAAAGGACACGACACCGUCACAGUCACAGCAGAAAGAGCCGAGAAACAGAGUGAGUUAAAGGAGGAGCAGAUGAAAUCCCAGCAGAGAAUCCAGGAGAAGCAGAAGAAGGUGCAGGAGCUGAAACAGGCUGUGAACACUAUAAAGCUCAGUGCACAGACAGCAGUGGAGGACAGUGAGAGGAUCUUUACUGAGAUGAUCAGCUCCAUGGAGAAAAGGCGCUCGGAGGUGACGGAGCGGAUCAGAGCUCAGGAGAAGGCUGAACUGAGUCGAGCUGAACGACUCCUGGAGCAACUGGAGCAGGAGAUCGCUGAUCUUCAGAGGAGAGUCACUGAGCUGGAGCAGCUUUCACACACACACGAUCACCUCCACUUCCUCCAGGCUUUAGCUUCUCGACGUCAGUCUCCUCCAUUAGACAGAGCAGAGUUUCAGACAUCCAGCAUCACUGUCCAUCAACAUCUCUCAUUUGAUGGAGUGAGGAAUUCUCUCUCGGACCUGAAGAACAGACUCGAGGAAUUCUGUGAGGAGGAAUUCAACAAACUCCUUCCACAUGCUGCAGCAGUUCAGAUCAUUUCACCAUCAGAGCCACAGACCAGGGAAGACUUUCUGAAAUAUUUCUGUGAUCUGACUCUGGAUCCCAACACGGCACAUCCUUACUUCAUUCUGUCUGAGAAGAACAGAGUUUUGACGUAUACAGAGAGAGAGAAAUAUUACCCUGAUCAUCCAGAGAGAUUUGAUUAUUGGCCUCAGGUGUUGUGUAAGGAGAGUGUGUGUGGACGCUGUUACUGGGAGGUGGAGUGGGAAAGUGAUCGAGGUGUGGCCAUAUCAGUCACAUAUAAGGGGAUCAACAGGAAAGGAUCGAGUAGAAAUUGUACCUUUUCCAGCAACGAUCAGUCCUGGAGUCUGGAGUACUACUGUUCUUCUCUUACGUUCUUUCACAACAACAUUAAGACCGAUCUCAGAGUUCCAUCACCCUCCAGAAUAGGAGUGUAUGUGGAUCACAGUGCAGGAACUCUGUCCUUCUACAGCGUCUCUGACACGAUGACGCUCCUCCACAGAGUCCACACCACUUUCACUCAGCCUCUAUACGCCGGGUUUGGGGUUUACAAGGAUAGUGGUCAUACAUCGAUUAUGAGGCUGUGUGACCCAGUGUAACUAGUCUGUGAUGUUUUAUGGUCGGUGAUGAAUUGAUUCACAUUCCUGUACUGAGUCUUAACGGUGACACAACUAACAUUAAAUGGUUAAAAGACUGGUUUCAGA